AUGGCGGAACAAAAGCCUGUGGGAGGAGGUGGAGACACCACAGAGUGUGGCACCGUUUCCAGUAUUCAGUGGCAGGUCCUGAAGUUGGAGUCCGGAAACGUCCUCGUCACAGGAAGAGCCAAGACAGCAUUGCUCGGCAUCCCUCUCAGCAAGAUCGAUCCUGGGUAAAAGCUGGAGAUGAGCGAUGGAGGGCCCGGAGAAUGCGCCAUCCACCUCAUUGCGUGGCCCGUCGAUGUGACGGAUGACUAAAGUAAAUUGCGGAAUGUGGUCCAUUUGACGAAUUUCCGGGGCGUUGAGCUUGUCGGAAGUGGACUUCAGAGCUAGGCGAAGGGACUUGUGAUCCGUUAACACGAGCACGAGUGGAGACUCUCUAGCGGCAGGAUGGUGUCGGCAUAGUGCGGGGGAAACCGGCGCUAUAAAUUCGCCAUGCCUCGAAAUCGCCGCUGCGUACGUUCGGAAAAGGGAGGCGGGAAAUCACGUAUAGCCGCGAUGUUCAAUGGAAGAGGACGGAUGCUGUUGGAGUAGACCAGAUGCUUGAGAAAUUCUGGGGAGGACACCGAAGACCCACUUGGAGGGGUUGAUAACAACGCGAUCGAACUACGUUGCAAGACGAUCCACAUAUUCUUCGACGGUUGCGUUAGCAAUCAACAGGUCUUUGAUAUAUGCGUAGACAAUUGGUAGGCCGCAAAGCAGUCUGCCUACGAACAUCUAGGAGUUCCGAGAGACGUUGAGGAGUCCAAGCGGCCUGCUCAGGAACUCAAAAAGGCCAAAGGGAGUGAUAACGGUUGUCUUCCAAACGUCAAUCUGAGCGAUAGGCAUUUGGUGGUAGGCGCAGACCAGUUCGAUCUUCGAAAACACAGAUAUGCCAAAUAGGAUGCCGACGAAAUCCUAAAGUUUCAGGACAAGGUAGCGGUCCGGUGCGGUAACGUGGUUCAGGGCUCUGUAAUCGCUGCAGGGGCGCCAGUCACCAGUCGCGUCGGCGAUAGCCAGAGGAAGGGACACCGGCCGUCUUCACCAGCACACAGUUACGCCAUCUCCAUCCCAGGUCCCAGCACAACAUAUCCUCUAAGCAGCUAACUCCUAUACAAUUGAAAGUGCUGAGUCAUGAAGCUUGCUUCAACACCGAUCCGGUCAAUCUCAUGGCCACGGUCGAGUCGAUCCUCAAGCAAACCAGAGAACCGGACGAGGCAACGCAUCUCAUUCGGCAACAAGUUACCUCCUUGCUGAUGGCGCACAAGUCACGUGCAAUUAUUACCAAAGCGGAGCAGAACGCUCUCAAGGCACUCAGGAAUGACACCAGCAUUGUAAUAAUACCGGCAGACAAAGGACGUUCCACGGUAGUGCUGGAUAAGACUGACUAUGUCCAGAAGGCCAACGCUCUGCUGGAGGACCGACAGGCCUACCUCCCAUGUGGUGAGUAA